GCCGGAGCUCCAGCGACGGCGGCGGCGAAGAGGAUGACGGGGAGGCGACCGAGUCCGCCUCCCGCAUGGUCGCUUAUGAGGAUUUUGAGGAGAGAGAUCUAUUCGGCUCGGACAAUGAGGACUAUGUUAGAACGCCCGCUCGCAGCCCUUUUAUGGUCCCAGUGCUACCUUCAAUGCGGAAUACCAAUAACCACGCAAGGGGUACUUUUGGACGUGGCAGAGGUGGACUGCUUCCAAGACCAGGAUAUCCCCCUAGACAGAGUUAUGGUUAUGGCAAUAAGUUUUCAUAUGGAAAUGGACGGAAUGAUGAGCGUUUUGUCUCUGAAUUAAGGCUAACCAAAAGUGAAGAAACCUUGUCAAGAAAAUCGAUCCAAUUUCAGGAGCCUUGUGAGUUGGCAUGUUAUAGUCGCAUUGAAGGUGGAGAUGUCUAUUUUGACGAUCGCAGCUUGAGACUUUUUAAACGCUUAGUUUGUGAUGAUGUGGGAGCAGAUCUGAAUAAAGGAUUUCUGUCAUUUGUUGAGAAGAAAGAUCUGGGCUCCGAAGGUUUUGGUUUUGGCGAUCUUCUUGGUUGCAUAAGGCAUGCAAACAUUCCCCUUCAGAAUAUUCAUUUUGUGACUUUUCGUAACAAUCUCAAUAAGAUAAUGGCUACUGCUUACAUACGAAAUGAACCAUGGAAGAUGGGUGUGCAUAAAAGAAAUGGUGUUGUGUAUCUUGAUGUGCAUAAACUUCCAGAGAGGCCGCAAUCAGAGAUUGAUCGCCGAAGAUGCUAUUGGGGCUAUGCCUUUGAGAACCUAGCAACUGAGAACUCGAGAGAAAUGGGUGAAGAUGGUAAAGGUAUUGAUGCCAAUAUGGAAUUCUGUGCCGUGAUCAAAACCAAGUUAGGAGCACACCGAAUCAUUAUGGGUGCAGAGAUGGACUGCUGCGAUACAACUGACGACGGAAGGAAAUUCUAUGUGGAGUUGAAGACUAGUCGAGAGUUGGAUCAUCGAACUGAAGAGCGAUAUGAAAGAGAAAAACUUCUGAAAUUCUGGAUCCAAUCUUUCCUUGCAGGUGUUCCUUACAUUGUUGUUGGAUACAGGAAUGAUGCAGGAAUUCUUCUUCGAACUGAAAGGUUAAGAACCUCUGACAUAACACAAAGGGUAAAGAUGAAAGGCUAUUGGCAGGGUGGGGUUUGCCUUGCAUUCGCCGACGAGGUCUUCUGCUGGCUUUACGGAACUGUCAAAGACGAUGAAGAUUAUAUCCUACAAUUCGUCCAUCCUUACAAUCGCUUGGAACUUCUCCGAGCUCAAACUUAUCCAGAAGCCAUUAACAAGCAUGUGGAACAACUCUCAAGUUAUCAAUAGAACCCAUAUCUUAACAAUUUGUUCCGCAUCUCAAUAUACUGUUUUUUUCAUUUUGUUUGGUUUUUUAAUUCUCACUUCAUUACAAAUGCUUAGUUUCCGGCCAUCAUAUUCCGGCCUAUAUAACCAUAUAAUGCACUUUAUCCCAUUGCCUGAAAGCUUAACACUGAGGCAAGUAUGUCUCCAUAUUCUCCAUUUAGAGGCAUAUAUUUUGGUUCUGAUUGGAUAGUCAAGAGGAUGCUUCUAACACUAAUAUGUUGUUGGCCAUUUACAUACAAACCACUCAAUUUUUAUGUAUUUACACCUCUAACACCCACAGCGUAAUU